AUGCCAAUAACUAAUGAACGUCUAAUCAACUUAAUUGAGUUUAAUAAUAAACUGGACCCUUAUUGGGCUCAUCUGGCAAUUGCAACAGUAGUUUCCUGUAAUUUUCCAGAACUAAUACCAAAAAUAUAUAUUACAAGACUAUUACAGUUACAAGAAGCUAAUAAAGAAAAGUCUACACAAGAUAUACUUCUAAAGACUGAAACAAUUUUACUUCAUCACGAUGAGUUGGACGUAACAUUUGCUGAUGUGAACAAUGCUCAAAUUAAAUUUAAUUCUGAAGUCAAGGAAGUUAUCCUUAAAGAAAGUGCAUUGGUUGGUAUACCUAGAGCUAUAAACGGACUUAGAUCAUUGUAUACAACCACUCCGAAAUCAUUAUUGAAUGAGAAAUGUGAGUUACUUCCUGAGAAUACCUUUAUCAGUAAAACAGUUAACAGAAAAGAUGAAUCACAUAAUUUGCAAAGAGGUCUCGAGCAUUGGAACAAAACAUAUGGUAAAGUCUCAAUGAGGAUUAUAAAUGAUUUGAAUGAUUUCUAUCCAGAUCUGUGGCAAUUUAUUAUAAAGGAUGUAUACAGCGAUGUGUUGUCAUAUGGCGAAAUAAUCGAUGCAAGUUUAACCAGUUUAGUAGUCAUAUGUGCACUAAUUCCAUUAGAUGUAAACUCACAACUACGUGGGCACUUAAGAGGUGCGUUAAAUCUUGGAUGGGACUGUGAUUUUAUUGAGGUAGUAAGAAAUUACUCAUUAAUGAUAUCUGUAUGGUGCGGUGUCCAUUGGAAAACCGAUGUGGUGAAGUUAUAG